UGCUGGUUUGUAGGUGAUGAUGGCGGAAGAAGAUCGCCGUUGAGUUCUCGCUCUGUUAUUUUUUAAUUUUUUUUUUUUUUUAAUAAAGUAGUGUUCAUAAAAAUAUAAUAAUAAUAAUAUAUAUAUAUAUAUACUCUAAUACUCCUUGUCUCUAUUAACCGAGACAAUGGGGAACGAAGCCAGCAUGGAGGGUGGAGAGCAACCCGGCGAUCCAGGGUCUGGCAUCUCCACGGCAGGAGCUCCGGGUUCCAUUUCAGCACCAGCGGGCUCUGGACAGCUCAUCAAGCCCAGCAAUGGAGCUGCAGUCGGGGGUGGAGCGGCUGCCGGACCCACGGCAGGGAUUAACAGCCUGUCGGAGAGACCCAACCAAAUUAACCCUGUGGCCGGUCCGAAACCAUCAUCCCAAGCUGGCUAUGCUGACAGCAGAACAGGGGGUGGAGGGCGCACCGAGCCCUAUCGGCUAGCUGCCCAUGACAGUCCCAGAGAACAGAAGACCCAGGGGCCAGGGCAAGGUCAGGGGCAGCAACAGGGGCCCCAUCACUCCCUCCACGUGGACACCAGCGUGAGGUCAGGGAAGUCACCCUCGGUCUCACCCUGCACCACGCCCACAUCACCCUACUCUGUGCCCCAGAUCGCCCCGAUGCCCAGCAGCAAAGUGUGUCCCCUCUGCAAAACCACUGAUCUGACAGUACUGCACAACCAGCCAAACUUCAACACCUGUACCCAGUGCCACUCCACCGUGUGCAACCAGUGUGGGUUCAACCCUAACCCACACCUCACUGAGGUCCAGGAGUGGCUGUGUCUGAACUGCCAGAUGCAAAGGGCUUUAGGAAUUGACAUGAUCACCACUCCACAAUCCAAGAGCCAGCAGCAGAUCCACUCGCCCUCCCACCAAGCCAAACCCCAGCCACAGCCCCAGACCCAGGCCAAGCCUCAGGCCCAGCCCUCCCAGCCUGCACCAGGGCAGCAAAAGCAAGCUGGCCCCACAUCGGUCAAUCAAACCGGGCCACAUGGGGGGCCCGUUCCUCACCAACCAAAAUCAGAGCAAUCUCCCCAGCGAGGGCCAUCCAACCAGGGUCAGGCUAAGCAGGAGCCCCCUGGGAGUAGGGUCCCCCAAGGGAUGGCACCCAGCCAGAGUUCGACGAAACCGGCUUCCCAUCCGGAACUGGCCAAAAGCUCUCUCGGAAGCUCCCCGGCCAGGGCGCCCAGUGGACCCCAGGAACCAGCGCAAGACGGCAUAACUGGGAAGCUGUUUGGGUUUGGGGCCUCGCUGUUGAAUCAAGCUAGCACUCUCAUUUCAGCGGACCCCCAGCCCACAGCGUCGCCCCAGCCGUCUCCUGCCAAGGUGGCUUCCAGGGUGGUGUUCAGCGAUGCAAGUUCUGCUUCUGCCCCCAAAGCCCAGGCACCUCCGGCAGCAGCCACCCAGGGAAAGCCUGGUAGCGGCCCUGCUCAGCAGCAGCAGCAGCAAAAACCACAGCAACAGCAACAUCAAGCACCCCAACAAAAGACGCAGCAUCAGCCACAAGAACAGCAAGCAAGGCAGGAGCCGGCACCCAAGCCCAAGGAACCGGAGAAGCCCAAAGUGACGUGCCCUCUGUGUAAAACUGAACUGAACGUGGGCUCUGGGCAACCACCCAACUACAACUCCUGCACGCAGUGUCACAUACAAGUGUGCAACAUGUGUGGCUUCAACCCGACCCCACAUCUGGAGCAGAAAAAUGAGUGGCUUUGCUUAAAUUGCCAGACUCAGAGACUGCUUUCAGGCAGCCUGGGAGAUGCACCACUUCCUGUACCUCAACCAUCUCCAAAACACCAAGCCAUGGGCUCACCCCGACACCAGACGCCUCUUGGGACCAAUCAGCAGACACCACAGCAGAAGGGACCCAAUCAACAGCUAGGGGCGGGGCAGGCCCAGCAGCAGAAACCUCCUACUACUCAAGGGAGUGCAUCCUUCUCCCCAGCAAAGCAUCAUGGUGUCUCUGCGCAGGACCAGCCUCCUGCCCAGGCAGUGCAUGGUGUGGCCAGCGAGGCGCACAAACAGCAGCAGGCUCAGGAGGAGGACAGGAUGCACCUAAAAGCAGGACAGGAGGCUGUGGCUCCAGCUGUCUCCAAAGAGACCAACAAACAAGUACCAAAGAAUGGAGGGGAAACUGAACAAAUCACUGCAGUGCCCCUAGCGAAAGACAGCAAGAAAGCUGCAGAGUCUCAUAAAGUCAGACACCACGAAGAGGCUAAGGCGUCGAGUACCCAAGACUUGUCACGCAGCCCUCAGAGCCAAAGUGAUACAGGAUACUCGUCCGAUGGGAUCGAGCAAAGUGAUACAGGAUACUCGUCCGAUGGGAUCUCCGGCUCCCAGAGUGAAAUCACAGGGCUAAUACAAGAAGAGGAGAUGAUCCUGAACAAAAGGGGGAUCGUUGAGCACAGCCCUCCCAGUCCUUCUGAACUCACCAAGCUGGAGAGCACCAUGCGGCCACUGCUAGAGUCCAAGUCUGUCUCUGGCCAAGAACAGGGAGGGAGGGGGAAGCUGAGGGAUAAAGAAGAAUUACGUGCACAGAGACGCAGAGAGAGAUCCAAGACUCCUCCAAGCAAUCUCUCCCCUAUUGAGGAUGCCUCCCCAACAGAAGAGCUGAGACAGGCUGCUGAAAUGGAAGAGCUGCACAGAUCAUCUUGCUCAGAGUAUUCACCUUCUAUUGAUUCAGAAGCAGAAGGGUUUGAGAUGAUUGCUUCCAAGCUCUACAAGUCUGGCAGUGAAUACAACUUGCCAACCUUUAUGUCACUCUACUCCCCAACUGAAAAGCCAACAACCACAUCAGCCUCUUCUGCCAGCAAGCCUCUGAAAAGUGCAGAUGAGGUCUAUGAGGAAAUGAUGAGGAAGGCUGAGAUGCUGCAAAAGCAACAGAAGCAGCAGACACAACAGCUCAAGCAAGGGCAAACAUACAAUAACACAUACCAGCAGGAAGACUUUAGAAGCACAGGGCCGCAGGACAGUGAUCAGUACCAAUAUGAGGAUAACUAUGAUUAUGGAAAAGACAUAGUGUCAUCUCAAACUGCAUACCAAAACAACAUAACCAAGGCUGAGGGCAUUUAUGAAGAGAUCCUGCAGACAUCACAGAGCAUCUCCAAAAUGCAGUCUUCUUUGCAGCAACAAAAAAUCAGUCAGAUGACAGAAGGCACUACCUACCAGGACAAACAACUGUUAGAUACAGGGUCUGUCUUUGCUAAAUUGCUAGAACAAAACAGUGCCCCCCUUACCCCUGGGACAAGCCCCACCCAGCUUUCAGCACCUAUCUCAUUUUCAGGGACAUCAGGGAAUGAACCAGGGGGAACUGGGACCAGGGGGAUCCCUGAUGUUCGUGUGACACAGCACUUCUCGAAGGAGGCGCAGAAAGAAAGAGUCAAGAGCCAAGGCUCUUCAGUAGGAGCAACCUCCACUGCAGUGACAACUACAACUUCUUAUGUUGUUUAUGGUAGGGGUUCAGUAGCUACCACUCAGGUCAUAACGGGUCAAAGUACAACUCCAACUAGCUACGGACGUCAGUCUGGUCCAACUAGAACAUCUUCAGCCUCUGCAGGGUACAAUCAGGGUUAUAGUCAAAGGGACAGCAUAACUGGGGGCAAAAGGUUUCAGGAGAACAGGGGGGUCCAAGCCCGAGACAGCUCUGAGGCUGAGAGUGUAAAUCUUACAUCCAAAAACUACUACUACAAAGGCUCCAGCCCCCCUAUUUCUCCAUCCUCCUCCCCCACACAGAGCCCCACCCACUCACCCUCCAGUGCUAUCUCCCCAGUUAUGGCACAGGGCACCCAGACACCACACCGGGCUAGAUCACCACGUCUUUUCAGGCAACAAUCCUCGCAAGGCUCACCUUUUAUGGUUAUCACUCUGGGGUCCGAUUCGAUCAGUCCAGGCAAGCCUUUAACUGUCAACUCUUCCACCUCUCCUGUGUCUUCACCAACUAGACUGAGUCGUCAACAGACUCUUCAUGGCUAUGACCAAUCUACAAGUCCUCCAUCAUCGCCUCAGCACCAACAGCAACAACAAUCACCACAGCACCCCUUAUACAAGUCACAGGCUGAUAGAGUGUCAUCUACCACUGUAAGUACCUAUAGCCGUGGUUCUUUGUCCAUGGAGAAUAUCUCCUUGUGCAGAAUCUCCACUGUUCCUGGGACUUCCAGAGUAGAGCAAGGCCCAAGGCUACCCAGCGGGAGUGUGGUGGAUUUACGUAUUGCCAGCAAGUCAUACCCAGUUAUCAUGACAGAUAAGGGCAUGGACCUAACUUCCGUUGCAACAGAGAGCCGCAGGUUCUCUCUGGGAUCUGAGGAAAGCCCUAGCCGCCAUUCUACAACUGUGCAACCACUCAUCAUGAACCUAAAUGCCCAGGAACAGCCUCAUGUGGCAGUAUCAACGCCGACCACAGUUAGCAUCACAGUGGCAGCUUCUAUGUUCACCUCCCAGCCAAAGCAGCCUGUGGUUUACGGAGAGUCCUUACAGAACCGGGUAGACAUUGGACAAGGAUCUGGGUCUGCAGUGCACCUGACACAGAUCAAUCAGCCUGCCAUUAAUGCCCAAGACUCUAUCCCGAAGAUAGAUGCCAAGCUGGAAGACCUCGGCAUUCAGCAGCAAAAACUUCAGCAACAGCAGCAGCACUUGCAGCAACAGCAACAACAUCUGCAACAACAGCUCCAGCACCAUCAACAACAGCAGCAGCAUCUGCAACAGCAGCAAGCGAUGUUUUCCAGGUAUAACCUGGCCAACCAGGUUCAAACCUUGGUCAAGAAAGACAUGAUGGUCAGCCAGACUAGUAGUGCCCAGACUAUAGUCAGUGUCAGUGCAAUUCCCAGGGCAGCACCUCUGCCUGAUCAAGCAGUACCAGCUGUUGCAAUUCCUCCAGCUCCUCCUCUUGACCUUUAUAGCAAUGUUAAUUUGGAAUUAAAGACUAAAACUCCUGCUGUCAAUCUUUUGGGUGUGAAACCGAAUGUUAUGAUGGUGCAAGUGGACAAUGCCUCCCAGGGUGCCACUGUCACUCAACUUGUGAAACCAGAUCAGCCCACUGAUCCCCUGGAUUUUACAGGGAUAAAGUCAGAGAACCAGAUAGCCUGCUGUGAUGUGGUCUACAAAUUCCCCUUUGGUGGCAGCUGCACAGGAGCCAUUUCCCAGCCACCAGAGAAAGCCUCUGUGCCAGCGGCUGAACUGCCACAGAGUAACCACCCACCUUCUGCUCCUCCGUACUAUGGAAACGGAAAACAUCAACCAAGCCAAGAGAGCUAUCAGUACCGCGAACAACCAGAGUCUGGUCAUGGCUUCUACCCUGUACCUUUCUCUGGGAGGCUGUCCAUGUCUGACACCAACCUUGCUGAAGCUGGGCUAAAUUAUUAUCAAACAAAAAAUUAUUCCACCUUCCAUGGUCCUGGAAGUGAUCUAGCUGUUGACCUUAGCACAGUGAAACAGCCAUACAGUGGCAGUUUCUCAGAUGGAGGCUACUUGGGCUUGGGAAUGCAGUACGGCUCAUAUACAGACCUGCGGCACCAGGGUGAUGUGAUGAGCCAACCCUUGCCAAUGCGGCGGUACAACUCAAUGUCGAACAUCAACACAGAUUAUGGUUACUCCCCACGUGACCUUUCCAACUUCCAAGAGUCCAGCCUGGCCCAGUACAGCGCCACCACUGCAAGGGAGAUCAGUAGGAUGUGUGCAGCUCUGAACUCAAUGGACCAAUUUGCUGGAAGGUAUGCCAAUAACCCUGAUCUACUGCAAUAUGCAUCCACAGGAGCUGGAGGGGCUGCUGCAAGACUCAAUCUGCUAUCUGGUCAGCAGGACCUAUCAGCCAUUAAAGCCAACCUGAUGUACGGCCCCAACUUUUCAGAAGGUCGCCAGGUUGCACAUGGCCAAGCCUUUGGUAACUUGCCGCAAUACAAUGUAUCAAGCGCUAGGCUAGCUGGCAUAAGGCAGAUGUACCCUUCAGGUGUCAGAGCUGCUGAUGGCAUGAUCUACUCUACCAUCAACACCCCCAUUGCCUCCACCCUGCCCAUCACCACACAGCCUGCUUCUGUCCUGCGGCCUAUGAUUAGGGGCAUCUACAGGCCCUACCCUCCAGUAAACAUGACGGCCUUGCCAUUGGUCAGCAUAUCUGGCUUGCCCCAGGUUACUCCCAGGAUGCCUCUAUCCUCCCAGAGACCUUACCGUUACCCUCCUCCCAACCGAUUCACAACAGCCCCAGUGGCUGCCACCACCACUACCAAUACCACAGCCUUGGAUACACAUGUCUACCUUGGGAGGCCCUCAGGAAUGCAAGCAGCACCCAAUACCAUCAAUAUGGGGAUGACGAACAUGCAAGCUGGUAGAGCCCCUACAACAGCAAUGAUGGUGGAACAGGCAGUUGCAGCACCCACCAACCAACAACAGUUGCAGAUGCAGCACGAGCAACAGACCCAGCCACAGCAUCCUUAUCAAACCCACCCUCAAGCACAGCUUCAAUCACAGCCUCAAUCACACCCUCAAACACACCCUCAAAUGCACCCUCAAGCACAGCCUCAAUCACACCCUCAAACACACCCUCAAAUGCACCCUCAAGCACAGCCUCAAACACACCCUCAAACACACCCUCAAAUGCACCCUCAAGCACAGCCUCAAUCACACCCUCAAACACACCCUCAAAUGCACAUUCCAACUCAACCUCAAACACAACUGCAAAUACAUUCUCAAGAACAGCCUCAAGCACAACCUCAAAUACAGUCUCAAUCACAGACUCAAACCCAACCUCAAUCACAGCCUCAGCCUCAGCCCCAGACUCAGGCAGCUUCAGAAGCCACUUCGAGCAGCAGUGUUGGCAGCAGUGGCAACAAUGCAGAGAAAGACAAGGACGAGGAAAGGCUGCGUUGGCAGCAGGAGCAGCUGCUGCAGUUUGAGAGGGAGCGGGUGGAGCUGGAGAAGCUGCGUCAAAAGCGCCUGCAAGAGGAGCUGGAGCGGGACCGUGUGGAGCUGCAGCGGCACAGGGAGAAGGAGCAAAUGCUGGUGCAGCGCGAGAUUCAGGAGCUGCAGACUAUCAAGCAACAGGUGUUGCAGCAGCAGCAUGUCGAGAGGGAGACCCAGCUUGUGAUGCAGAGGGAACAGCUGGCCCAGCAGAAGAUGCAGCUAGACCAACUACAGAACUUGCAGCAGCAGCUCCAGCAACAACUGGAAGAGCAGAAAAGACAGAAGAUAGCAGCAGCGGCAGCAGUGGCAGCGGCGGCAGCAGUAGCGACAGCAGCAACAGCGACUCCUGGGACAGGAGGACAAGUAGGAGUAGCAGGGGGAGCAGUGAUAGGAGGAGAAGUGCCACCUGAUCUACAGAGGACCAUGGGCCAGAACGGGCCGUACUGGCAGCCCUAUGUGGAAGGUGGGGUAAUUCAAGGAGUAAUUCCUCCUAGGCCUUUGCCCAGUUCUGCUUCAGAAAUGUCCUUGAGGAAUGAGGAGCAUGUGGAGACACGAGGCAUGAAGAAGCGCAACUCUAUGCCUCGUCUAAGGGAUGGAAUGGAAAUUGAGGAGGUUCAGCACUCGGUGAAGAGGAUCGCAGACAGCAGUGCACAGACUGAUGAGGAGGAUGGGGAGGAGAAGUAUAAUAUGUCGAGACGGAGGCGAGCCCGUCGCAGUGUGGACUGUAGUGUGCAAACGGAUGACGAGGACAACGAGGAGUGGGAGCAGCCUGUCCGACGGAGGCGCUCACGGUUUUCCAAGCACUCUGAUUCUGGCUCAGAGGGGAAAUCUGAGUCUUCGAAGGGCACCUCCAGCAUUGCAAUCCAGACUAUCAGCGAUAGCUCAUGUCAGACUGAUCCUGACCAACUAGGGAGAGUGUCACCGGCCAUCCACAUAACAACUCCUGACCACAAGGUUGAAAUUAUCCGUUAUAUCUCUGGCCCAGAGAGAACCCAAAAGGGAGAAAGCUUGGCCUGCCAGACAGAACCAGAGACCCAGUCUCAAGGGGUGGUGAUCCCACAACUUACAGUCCCCACCACCGUCACCCCUAACUCCAACAACAUCCAGCUAGUGACUUCUGGACCACUGGAUCCUCAUUCCUCUCAGCUCCAAGGGUUGACCAAGUUUGAAAAGAAGAAGCCCGACCCAUUGGAGAUCAGCUACCAGUCCAACCACCUUCACAAUGAGUCCCUCUCCCACCUGGUCCGCCAACCCCCCAAGUCCCCACAGGUUCUCUACUCCCCUGUCUCCCCACUUUCACCCCACCGUCUCCUGGAGACCUCCUUCUCCUCCAGUGAGCGACUCAACAAGGCUCACGUCACCCCGCAGAAGCACUUCACUGCUGAGUCUCCACAACACCAGCAGACCUUGCCCCGGCCAAUCAAAACCACACAAAGGUCCAUGUCCGACCCAAAGCCUAUCAGCCCCACCUCUGAAGACCCUGCCAAGGCCAGGUUCUCCAUGUACCAGCAGCAGGCUCUUCAAAACAGUCAGCAGAGCUCCCUGAUCAGGAAGGUGAAGAGGACUUUGCCCAGCCCACCUCCAGAGGAAGCUCACCUACCCAUUGCCACCCCACCGCUUCCCCAGAUGUAUGUGCCUACCCUGCCCCAGAAGGUGGGGCCCAGGCCGUUCCAGGCCACCAAAGCCAGUCUGCUGAAAGACAUCACCCAUGAGCUGAAGGUGGUGGAGCAGGAGUCCACCAAGCUGCGCAAGCAGCAGGCCGAGCUGGAGGAAGAGGAGAAGGAGAUUGAUGCCAAGCUGCGGUACCUCGAGCUGGGAAUCACCCAGAGGAAGGACACCCUGCUGAAGGAGAGGGAACGGAGGGAGCUGGCCUACAUCAGGUGCAUGGGAGACACUCAUGACUACAUGUCAGACAGCGAGCUCAGCAACAUUCGAAUUGCCACCACGUAUGAAGGAAAUGGGCUUUUGACUAGGCCCAGCACGGCUCCCAUGAAUCAGUUCUCUGAGUUCUCCACCUCCCAGUACCCUACCACUUCCUCCUUUGUUAGCUACCAGUACCAGCCAACCCAGACGGCCCCACUGGGCACAACCACCUACCAGCAAUCUGGGUUUCAGCCUCCUCAGUACCAAACACUGACUAACACCCAACAGCAAAUGCAACAGCAAAUGCCACAGCAAAUGCUACAGCUACAGCCGCAGCCACAGCAACUGCCACAGCAACAGCCACAGCAACAGAACACCUUCCAGACCCAUCAGCAAGCUCCAGUUUACAACACACAGAACACUUUUCAGCCACCUAGCUUUGCCCAGAACCAGCCCUAUCAGUCUGAUCUCGGAGUGCAGAACCACCCGGGCUUUCAGCCUCCUCUUUCCUACCAAGCGCAGGCCACAUAUCCAAGCCAGACAUCCUACCAGCCUGGCCAAAGUGUACCUUUCCAACCACAGGCUGAGAUCCCUAGUGUUCACCAGAAGCCAAGGCAGACCUCCCUGGCCGACCUUGAGCAGAAAAUGCCCACCAACUACGAGGUCAUCAGCAACUCCACUGUGGUUGUGACCUCUGCUGUCCCUGAAGUCACCUACACCUCCACCACUGUGGCUAAUAACUAUGGUCAGUACAAGCCUCCUGAGACCACGCUGGCAGACCGGGUGAAUGCUGUCGGAUGUCCCACGUCUGCCUACUCUUCUGAAUCAGUCUACACCAACCUGGAGCAGAACAUUCCCCGCAAUUAUGUCAUGAUUGACGACAUCAGCGAGCUGACCAAAGAGAACUCAAGCACGUCUUCAGAGAUGCACAAGCCCGAUACACAGGCUCACUCUUCCAACGGGCACUAUGGGAAGGACCGGUACGACCUGAGCGAGAACGGGAACUCCACAAGAGGCAGCUCCUACUCCAGAGCAGAGGAGGAAUCUGAGGAAGAUAUGUAUGACCACCAUGGCAGGGGUAAGAACAGCAGCAGCUACAAUCAGAGAAGUGGUGACAGUCAUGGCAGAAUGGGAAGCAACAGCAGUACUGUGGGUGGGGGAUCCUCCUAUUAUUAUGAUGACUACAAGCACUCCUCAUCACGAGACAAGCAUGGAUCCAGCAUGGGCGUCCAGAAGCAUUCCUCCAAGAACCUGGCCCCGGCAGUGGUAUCCUCCAAACGCAGCAAGCAUAGGAAGCAGGGCAUGGAACAGAAGAUCUCCAAGUUCUCCCCCAUUGAAGAAGCCAAGGAUGUGGAGUCUGACAUGGCCUCCUACACCAUUACCCCAUCCUCUGGUGGCAGCUGCCAUGUAAUGUCCAGGGCAAAGAAGCUCCAGGAUGAGAUCACCUAUGGCUUGAAAAAGAACGUCUACGAUCAACAGAAGUAUUACGGCACGUCCAGCCGGGAUGCCUACGAGGAAGACGAUCGCAUAUACAGCAGCGGGAGGUCGAGGUCCACAGGCUACGGGAUGGACAAGAUCUCGUCAAGAGAUUCAGGCAACCACAGGAGCAAGUCCUAUGAGAGGGAUGCCAUGGAGCGAUCCCAGAGGGGCAGUCAGAGCCGUGGCCGGCCCUCCAUGCGCUCCCAGAACUCUGAGGAGGAGAGCCCGCUCAGCCCUGUGGGGAAGCCCAUGGGUGUCAGCCGUGGUCCUGGAGGGUCAGAGCCACCUGAUAGCCGAAAUCAAUAUGGCUCCAGCCACUCCCUGCCUGACGUGCAGGAUCACAUCAAGGAUAUACCCAGAAGCCACACCUACAAGCCUGACGAUGCUUACAUCAUGGAUGACCUGCAUUGUGCUGUGUCUGACAGUGAAGCCUAUCAUUUGGGGCAGGAGGAGACGGAUUGGUUUGAGAAACCACGGGAGUCCCGCUCUGAGAGGUCCCGGUACUAUAGCAGUACUGGCGGUAGCAGUGGGCACUCUUCGCAGAAGCGGGACCAUAUCAAGCACACGUACCAUGACUACGAUGAGCCUCCUGAUGAGGACCUGUGGCAGCAGGAUGACUAUGCCCAGCCUCGCCAUUCCACAUCCACUUCCCGGGACAGCAGGCACCAUGGGACCAACUCUGGGAGACACUCUUCCUCCUCCCGCCAUUCCUCUGAAGAGCCCAGGUCCUCCAGAUCCUCCAAGCAACAUCCCAAGGAUACUUCCAUGCGCCACGAGUCCAGGCAGCAGCCAAGCUCUUUAUCCUCCUCCAAGAGGAGCCAGCCUUCUGACCAGAGAUCUUCACAGGGCUACCACUCUUCAGAUUACUCACGCCAGCCCACCAGUCACCACCAUGGUUCUUCGGAAGGUCAGAGAUUACAGAAGCAGCCACUGCAGUCCCAGCAGCCACUGCAGUCCCAACAACCGCUGCAGUCCUCCCGGAAGCAGGACAUGCAGUCUCAGCAACCGCCGUCUUCAAGGCAACAGCCGUCAUCUCAGCAGCCGUCGUCACGGCAACAGCAGCAGCCGCCCCAGCAGCAGCCAGGAAGGCAGCCGACGCCUCAGCAACAGCAGGGGCAACAAGCGCAGCGCACCCAGCAACAACAGGCACAGACGUCAGCGACACGGCAACCGCAGAUGCAGCAACAGCCGGCGCCUGCGCAGCAGCAGCCAGUACAAGCACAGCAGCAGCAGCCAAAGCCAGGCCAGGUUGCAGCCCGGGGUCCACAAGCAGGGCCUCCGCAGACAACAGCGGUGAAGACAGAAUCGGCAGAUGCUUCCAAACUGGCUGCUAAGCCAACACAACAGCCAGCUAAAGCACCCCUGCCAACGACCCCGGCAACUGGCAUAGGUUCAAAAGCAGUCCCAAGACCUGGGGGAGUGGGGGGCGCUGCUGCUGCUGGACAGCCAGCGACAGACGAGAGUGUGCUCUCCAAAAUCUUACCUGGGGGGGCCGCGGAGCAGGCCGGCAAACUCGGAGAUGCUGUGUCUGCUUUCGGAAAGAAAUUUACUUCAUUGUGGUGAGCAGCUAAGCAGUGGGAUUUCUGGAGGGGAUAAGGAGAAAGACUCCAGGCUUUGUACUGGAAAAACCUAUGAACAACCCCCUUAUGUAUUUCAUAUAAGAGAGAGAAACGUGGGACUCUGAGUGUGCACCAACAGGGGAUUGGAAUCAAUGAUGCCCAGACAGCACUGGAGGUCCUGAACAUGCACAUCUGUUGAAGAAGAGAGACUUUUAUCGUAUCAGGCAGGAGCACAGAGAGGGCAAUGUCGCUACUGCACCUUCAACCAAUAUCCAACAUGGGUCAGACAGGCCUUUGGAUGUAGCCUGCCACUGGCUAUAACUUAGCUGAUUUCGAUGACCCAUAGAUGAAACUCUGAAAGGAAACUUCAGAGCCAUGAGAUCUAGCGCAUGUGUUUCAGACCGAAGCCCUAUGAUUCAUCUUCAUGCUGUAGAAGAAGGUCUGGAAGGCUGGUCUUCACACACUCUUUGUGGUGCAGAGGAGCCCAGGACUAGGCUACAGCACAGGGCUACCAUUGGGAUACUAAGAAGCUAAAGAACCAUGUUGGAAAGACAAUGGAGCAAGCAGAUAAAUAUGAGAAACGGUGUCCUGCUUGCCUACUUGAUUGCAACCUUUGUUUCUCAGACUGCUAGUUGGGAAUCCUGAGAACAGAGUCUACAACAGUACUGGCAAACUGGAGUGUCUUUGCACAGCAGGAAAGACCCAGCAGUUGAAGGUGACAGGAUGAUUUGUAAUCUACUCUUGCAUUCUGAGGAUUUGUCUUUUUAAAUAUACUGCUGCACCUCGUUGGGAAUACUCAAGGCUUUGGGAUUCAGCCUGUCUACUGCUUGUUUGAUUCCAGUCUUUUUUGCACAGAACAUGGACCUAUCCCGUGUCCCACAAUCUCCUCUUAUUCUUAAUAAAAAAAAAAAAAAGUUUCAUAGGUUUUUCUUGUACUAAAAUACCUUUUUUUUAUUUUGAGCGGAG